AUGGCCAUGUAUCGCAUCUGGGUCAACAACGCUGAUCUUGACACCAGCUUUUUGGAAAACCUCAAAGAUGAGUUCCUUAAGAGGUGGCAGGAUCCGCUUGAUGAGGAGGAUGCGAAGGAUGAGGCAGAAAAGGCGGCGAGAAACUCUGGUACUGCCGAGGGGGAGGAUGUGAGGGAGUCAACGACGGGGAGUACCAUUGGCAGAGAAGUUCCUGAGCAGCACCAAGAUGUGUCGCAGCCUCCAAGGAGGAGGACAACUAGGGUGACAAUCAGGGAACCCUCCAACACCCCGCGAGCAGAUGCUCCACCUGCCCCUAUGGGAAAAGGAAAAAAGAAAGUAUCCGAACCCCCUGCACCCAUCAAAGAGUUUUCAGACGAGAAUGAUAUGUCAUCUGGAUAUAUGUUCAAUCGCUACACCGCACCUGCUGCUCCCUCGAGUAGGAAGAAAGAGAGCAAGCGACACCGCGGAGAAAGCAACAAGGCCCCUUCAACUAAGAAGGCCCGGAAUGAGGAUCUUCCAGCUGCUGCUCCCUCAAAAGAAAUAAUGCCCCCUCCGGCACCACUCGACCAAAAGUCUCCCCCUGCACCAACUGACCAGAACUCUACUCCUCUAGCGCCUGCCGACCAGACACCUCACGAUCAUCCUGGAGACACCCUGACCAGUAUGGUGGGAUUGCUGACUAUAACUGCUGGAUGGCGCCGCAUGAGGGCUUUGGUCACCCAAACCAAAGACUCUGACUCCAAGCACACUGAGGAGACAAAGGCGCUCGAGGGGAAAAACGCUGAAUUGCUCGAGAAAAACACAGAACUGCUCGGAAAGGACACUGAACUGCUCGAGCAAAACUCCAAGUUGGCCGAAGAGCUUCAGCAAUUUCAGACUGUCCUGGCCAAAGCCAAUGAAGACAAAGAGAAGUUUAAGGAGUGUGCUAAACUUAACUACCAAGAGUCCAAACAACUUGAGGCCAAUCUGAUCGCGAGCAGAAACGAGACUGAGGAGCUAGAGCAUAAUCGUGGGGCCAACUUCAAUUAUCUUUCUGAGCACCUGAGGCGAACAGAAAUAGCCCGGUGCACCGCUCGCUUGGAGGAAGAAGAAAAAGCUAACAUUCAUGCCUCCCCAGAAAUCUCCCUAGCAACGGGGAUUGAUGGUGCUAAAAAUGAAGCUGGAACCACUGUCGACUAG